AGAGAUCAGCUGAUCAGCUGUGUUGUGUUGUGUGUUCUGUUCGUGUUGUCGUUGUCGAUUGACUCUUAACUCUUACUACACUACUUACUUGGUGUGUCCGUUGUAUGGUUAUUACAUUUCAGUACUUAUUCAAGUGGCAUAUAGUUAAACCUACCCUAUCAGACGGAUAAAAAAGAUAAGUCGUCGGUGAUCAUUGAAUAGGCUAUGUAGUUUUUAUGGCCGAGCUUGAGAAUUCGUGCCGUCUUUUCUGACCUAACCUCAAAACUCCGUAGGUUCCCACUGUUUCCAGUGUUGUAUGAGGUAAUAUUAUAAAAUCAAAAUGCUGAAAGGCAUUAACAAUCAAUUAGAAUCUUACGACGGAAGGGAUAAAAUACUGAGGCUCAUUGGCUACACAUCAUACUUAGUAUCUGGUCUUACCAAAAAUAGGGCUCUGUCUCGAUUUGGUGAUUCCGUGAGUGAAUGUAGAACAAUUUUAAGAUUAUUAGACGACUUACCAAUGCUUACUCAUACCCUGGCUUAUGGCCUAGGAAGAAAGGAACCUGAUAUGCACAUGCAAGUGUGUGGGGUAGUCGUGAACAUACUAGACCAGUUGUACUAUCCACUGGAACAUGUCGCUUGGGCUGCGGACAGAGGACUCAUAUCUCUACGCAGCGACCACUGGUGGACUGCUAGCAACGCUUGUUGGGCAUUCUCUCUCUACUUCAGCAUAGCAAGGUCACUGAGGUACCUGAGUCUACUACAUAAUCACUCAAAACAUUUUGAUUUAUCAGAUGCCAACAUGAGAGAGGAAUUCAAAAAGAACCAAAGACUACAGCUGAGAGAGUUGAUGUCUGGAGUCAGAUCAGCAUGUGACUUAGCAAUGGCAAUACACUGGAUGCCCGACGGAUUCUUGUGGGCUGGCACAUUGAAGGAAUGGCACAUCGGAGCUCUAGGAACGCUGUCUACCGUCCUGAGCUUAGUUCAAAGCUGCAAGUCCUUACAGGAGUUGUGAUUACUUAUACCAAGAGUAAGAAACAGUCACUAGUUGUUUAACCCUAAGUAAUAUGCAGUUCUUGUGUAAGGAUUGUUGACAAGAGUUAUCCUGUAAAGCAGUAUCUACUGAGGAACAUUUGCUAAGUAAAGGCAUUUUUGAUUUGAUAUGAAGGAGUGUAAGGAACAAGGCCACUUCCUUGAAGAACAAUUAGUUGUUUAAAGUUUAGUUUACUUUAGUUAUACCUCUCCAUUUUGGGACCUGUUGGUAGCCUGUUUUUGGGAUACAAUUGUACCCAUUUUGUGAUAUCCUCACUAACUUCACAGCAGACAAAAAAGUGAUAAGAUAUAUUUAUAUGUUUAUAUUAAUAAUGUAAGACUAAAUUACUUAAGAUGUUGUCAAAUUAGUAGUGCAAGUUUCGGUGUUAAAACACCAUUGUCAGCUUCAGAUACUUGAUAUAAUGUUGACCCCUUUUAACUUCCUCAGUGAUAAACACAAUAUGAACCAAUUAAAAAGACCAAAAAACAUAUUAAACAUUUUAAAAACAGACCUAUUCUGACAAAAGAAAGACUGACCGCACAGGUAGUAUAGCAGACAGAAUAAUUUGACAACAUUUUUUUGAGCUGUGACGGGAUCACGCAAGUCAUUUAGUCUUAUUUUAUGUCUAACAGCUCAGGCGCUACAAAGAUGGAUUCUAAUUUAUGUCUAUAUUUAUUCACAAGACAUUUUUAUUUGGGUUUUGUAUGUGUAUUUUGCCCUGUUUACCAUUUAUGUAAUUUUAUAACUGCAUUUUUGCUAUACCACAAUGAUGCUAUUUAAAGCUGAUAAUUUUAUACCUACUAUUGUUAUUGAGGUGAAUCAAUAAAUAUAUAUUUUACAUUAA